AUGAUAUCGUCUAGGCUUUUGAUCGUCGAAUAUCUCCCAUAUUGUCAAUCUCCACCAAUAGAUGCCCCCUCUCGACAGGAGAUUGAUUCUAAACAGAUCGCCGCAGACGCGAAGGACGGAUAUAACCUCAUGCCAGCACACGCGCGUCGUUCUACUUCCUAUCGUCUACUUUCACGAUUCCACAAAAACAUCUCAAAUCAAUUCUCCGGAGUGAAACGAACUGUAAUCCAAAAAGGGACCCGAUGUCUCAAAGCGUAUUAG